AUGAACGGCACUCCCCUCCUCCCGUCUGCUUUCCCCCAGACGCCCACGACAAUCCCGCGAAAGAGAUUGUUUCAGACGCCAUCACGAUCACAGCCUCGCGAGCCCCGUGAGAUACGGCAACCCAAAUCGGCCAGCAGAUCUCCCGCCAAGGUAGCGCAGCCGCCGCGGCCACCUCCAUCCAACACAAACGCGCCGCUGAUCCCUACCGUCGUAAUCGAUGCGCCCUCGCAACGCCUCUACGUGGUAGCCUUCUACCUGGCCCUCAACGCGUAUCGGAUAUACGAAUCAUGGAAUGCCUCCGAUGAGCUGGACUCGACCUGGUUGUUCCUGAAAUGGGUGACUAUCGACGGGGUGUUUUUGUUUGGGUUGCAAGCUCUGCGCAUUCCAUGGCUGGAGUGGGCGUUCCCGACGACGCUUGCUCUGUUCUUGCUGCAUGUCGUUGGCAACAUUUUCCUCAUGUUCCGCAUCCCUAUUCCGUUGGGUGCGUGGCUCGCGGGAAUGGUCAAGGUAGCUUACGAUCGCGAAUUGUCUAUCUCAGAGAGAAAGGUUAAGCCUGGAGACAUCAUUCACAAUGCAUCCUUGAUUCUUGGAAAGCAAAUUGUUCACAUCUUACCCGAAGGGUCCGCUGUGCUCAACCCAGAACGAGAGCCUUUGUGCUUGGACUCGCAAAAGACGACUGUUUAUCUCCCUAUCCGUGUCAACCAGACUGAUCCCAUCCUGAUUGAAGUGUUACGUCUCGAUCUGCACACGGGCGAAAACGAGACUUUGACCAUCCCGGCCAAACAACUCAAACAGCUUAAGCGUCAGGCAGACAAGAGACAGGCUCCCUCGGACUCCAGUCCCCAUCGUGAUCUGCACUUCCCCGUGCGCAAGACAGGAAUUUAUCGCCUUCAGCGGGUAGUGGAUGAGUCGCAAUUGGAUGUUCGCACGCGGACUUUGGAUGCCCUGGUGGUCAGCUGCCCUCGGGCGUUGAUCAAGAACUCAUACACGGACAAAUGUCGCGGAGAGCUGUCGAAUAUCCUUCUCGAGGUUGAAGGCACGCCUCCCUUGAAGAUCAAGUACAGUCGAGAGGUGAAUUUCCAGGAUCGUGGCGUCUCGGUGCAGAACGUGCAGCCGGACAAUCUACGCACCCCGUUGCUGAAUCAAAAGCAAACGGGCGCGCUAUUCAGCAUCAACCAGCCGGACAUCUCGUGGGCACAGAGUCAGAAAAUCAACGUGCCCUUGAAUGAAUCUCUGAACGUUCAUGGAGACUGGUUCUACGCCAUUGAGGAAGUCCAUGACGCGCUGGGCAAUGUCGCCAACUAUACCUCGAUCUUUGAGUACGGAGAACGCCCAUCUACCAAAUCGGCCUCUCAGUGGCAUCAGUUGGUGAUCCACGAGCGUCCUAAGGUUUCGCUGAUCGGUUGCAACGAACAACGUCCUCUUGAAGUUGCCCGUGGAGACAGCGCCAACUUGCCUAUCAGUUUCCAAAACACUGGGAAGCCGUACGACCGUGACGGUCCCUUCACUGUGACCUAUUCGUUUAAUCCCAAUGGCGCUGAGCAAAAGGGAACGGAUGCGGAAGAGACUACCACUGUGGCUCUCAGGACUCUCGAUCAGAAAACGCCCAUCAAGGAACCUGGCUGGUAUACCUUGACUUCCGUUUCAAGCCAAUACUGCCCGGGAGAGGUCAUGGAGCCAUCCUCAUGCAACCUCCGCAAUCCACCAGAACCAGAGCUGUCCAUCAAGACUGAAAAGGUAUUUGAUCGAUGUGCCAAUAAUGCAGUCGGUCUCCUGGUCGACUUGGAUUUGACAGGAUCACCGCCGUUCCGGGUCAGAUACAGCAUCGAGGGUCCGAAGGGUGUGCAAACACAAACCAAGACUGUUGACGGUCUACGUUCUCAACUUGACUUCACGCCUUCAGAGGCUGGUUUCUAUCGGUACCGCUUUCUGGACGUUGAAGACUCCAUUUACUCGCCUCGCUCCCUCAACGACAAGGUGCCCGUGCUCGAGCAAGAUGUCAAACCACCUGCGUCUGCUCACUUCCUUGGAUCCCGGGACGUGCGCAAGGCUUGCUUCGGUGAAUCAGUCUCCGUGGACUUGGCUUUCCUGGGCGAGGCGCCCUGGACGCUCCAGUACGAGCUUGUUCAUAACGGCAAGCGGACCAAGUACACUUUGGAAUCAGAGACAGAUGUCGCAACCAUCACCACCGACAAGCUUGUGAGCGGAGGCGAGUAUCGACUCGCAUUGACCAGUGUCAAGGACGUCUCCAAUUGCAAGCGUAACCUGAAGGACAGCAUCAAGAUCAAUGCUCGUUCCAAGCCUCCCCAUGUCGGUUUCGGUCAGAUUGACAAGAAGCGAACCGUUUCUGCCUUGGCCGGAUCUCGAAUCGAGAUUCCUCUACGAUUCAGCGGCGAGAAGCCCUGGACCGUGAAGUACAAGAAUGCGGAUCUGAACCCUUCGCCUUUGACCAAGACCUUCUGGAACGAGAACAGCAAUCUCGUUGUUGAUCGUGAGGGCCUUUAUGAGCUUCUUGAAAUCUACGAUAAUUCCUGCUCUGGCUUUGUGGAUCAGUCUGCCAAGGAGUUUGAGGUCUCUUGGAUUCCACGGCCCAAGAUUAUUAGCAUCGAUGGCUCGCCCGUGGUGAAUGGCGAAUACACGAAGCCUGAGGUCUGCCAAGGCGAUGAUGACAGUCUUGAGCUUCGCUUGUCUGGCAGCCCUCCUUUUAGUCUCCAAUACGAGCAACGCCGCAAGUCUGACCGUGGACAGGCAUCUGCACGCGCCAAGACGAUCAAAACCGCUCUCAAUUCGGCAUCCAUGGAGAUGGAUACUUCUGAGCCAGGUCAAUACACCUACAAAUUCUCUGAAGUGGGCGACAAUCUCUACGACUACGAUCCCCGAAGCAGUGGUCUUGUGGUUACCCAAAAGGUCAACUCGUUGCCCUCUGCGAAGUUUGAUUCUCCCGGACACAUCUAUGGUUUCUGCAAGGAGGACGCGACCGGCGAGGAGACUGUGCCCAUCACGCUGGAGGGCGUUCCUCCCUUCUCCUUGGAGAUAGUUAUCAAGCACCAGUCCAAUGCGAAGCCGGAGAUUGUCACCAUCCCUAACAUCAAUACUAACCACCACAAACUGGCCCUCCCUCGUCGACACCUGGAUUUGGGCCAGCAUGUCGUCAGCAUUCACAAGGUCCGUGAUUCCCGCGGAUGUCAAAGGACCACCGAGUUUGACGCCUCAUCGGUCCGUGUUGCUGUAUCGGAUGUUCCUACAAUCAUUCCUCUUGAGUCCAAGGUAGACUACUGUGUCGGCGAGCGCCUGUCAUUCUCUCUCUCUGGCCACGCUCCCUUCGAAGUAUAUUAUACCUUCAAUGGCGUUCAACGAAAGGCCUCGUCGCCGAACACGAAUUUCCGCCGAAUCGCCGAGCGGCCUGGCGAGUUCACUAUUACCGCUGUCGGGGACUCUGCCAGCGGGAAGUGUAAGGCUCACAAGGAUAUCACCAAGGUCAUUCACGAGAUGCCAAGUGUGCGCAUCAGUCAGGGACAAGUUUCUGUGGUCGACAUUCACGAGGGCGGAGAAGCCGAGCUCAACUUUGAGUUCUGGGGCACGCCACCAUUCGAGUUCACCUACAUUCGAAGCACCAACGCCCGCAAGGGCAGAAAGGCCGAGGUCCUCGACAUCAAGCAUGAUAUCUCCUACGAGCACAAGAAGGCCAUCAAGACCUCGGAUGAGGGCACCUAUGAGGUCGUCGCGAUCAAGGACAAAUACUGCUCUUUUUCUUCCCAGGUUCCAACGGGCAAGUCGGAUCGAGGCAGUUCAUGA